AGGUUCCCGCCAGGCUUAGAAUGUCAGCGUCAAUAUGGAUCAAAGUCUCAGCGUCAAGCGUCGUGUGUUUAAUGUUUCUGAACUUGGUUGUGGCCCAAACUGGGACGAGGGGGCCAUCGACGAAGCCACCGCCUUUGGGAAAGUGCAAGAUUUCCGAGUUUAAGUGUAAUAAUGGGAGGUGUAUACAACUGAAUCGGUACUGCAAUAAUAAGAAUGAGUGUGGCGAUGGAUCCGAUGAACCAAGGUAUUGUACAAAAUGCAAUAGAACAUAUUAUGGCGUCAUCGGAAAAACAUACAAUUUGGAACUCCAUCGACCGAAAGAAGAUAAAAUCCCGUUUAUUUGCUUUCUAACUUUUACUGCAAAUGGAGGAGAUUUUGGAGAUCUUGUUCAGUUGACGUUUGACAGCUUCACCUUAGGUCGCUUCGUGUCUUUCACAACGGACGGUUGUCCGGACGGUGCCUUACAAAUCACGGAAUCCAACAGACCCCAGGUUGGGGGCUCUUGGUGCGGAACGUCUUGGGGUCCCGCUAUCUAUUACAGUGAAACUAAAAGUAUUACCAUUUCCGUGAAUCUUUUUCGUCUUUCUAAAGUUGAGAAUGGCUACAAUUUCGAUUACCGAAUGGAAUACAAGUUUCUGCGGAAGAAGAAUGCUAUUGUGCGGUAUGGAGGAACUCAACCUCCAUCAGCCUAUAACACCACGGAGCCCAGCGUCGGUGCUGGCCCUGAGCCGAAAUACUAUUUAGGUGAUUUAAUAACGGGAACUUAUUGUUCUCGAAUAUUCAGCGACUGUGAUAGGAAACACUGCCGUCUCCAGUCUCCCAAUUUCCCGGGGAUUUAUCCCCGUAAUCUAACGUGCUACUAUGCUGUGAGACAACACGAAAUACCACCAGGUAAACAUGCUUUAAUAACGGUUCGUCAACCAAAAGGACAACUCAUCUCCAUCCGUAGUCAAUCGGCGCUGUAUGGCACUGCUACACCAAGUGAAAUUAAAGUAUGGGACGCUUGCGACGAUGUACAAGAUUACGUGACUGUGUACGAUGGUUACACAACAAG